UCUUCCUUUCAUUCCCCCACAUCUUGCGGUUCAACCAUCCUUAUCUUAUCACAUUUCAAGCCCAUUCUUUUCCUCACUAAACUUUGUCACAUCAAAAUUUAGCCCCGACCUCGCCCGUCCCCACCCUUCAAAUCAAGGUUUGAGAGGGGGUGGGAGUAGUUGAAGUAAACUUGAUUAAAUACUUAUAUUUUCUCGUGAAGAGAAAAUCCUUCAGGCCCUGAUUAUUUAAUUUGUUCCCGAUUUGCUGUUUUUGAUUAAGCUUUCCACAGAAAAAGCUUCCUUGACUUACGAUUGAUUAAGCUUUCUUGACUUGUUAUUUCCGACUUAGCACUUUAGCCCAUAGUUUGUUCCAUCUUAACUAACCUAGCUAGAGGCCUCCCUUCCCCACUUAAAUAUUCCAAGGACAAUCCAACUACUUUUUUAAUCCUCUUUUAUGCUUUCCCAAGUGUUCCUAUAUAUCUCAUUUUUCUCAAACUUUCCACACACACAAAAACACAGAUUUUCUUCCCAAACCUAGUAGUGAAACCUUAAGCAACAUAAUCGAUAUUUCCCAUGCCAUCAGUACGUUCUAGUCCGUUCCACCAAAUGGAAAACCCUACCUUACUAUCGUUCCUCCAAAAAACGACUCAUACAGGUGGCAAGAAGCCAAAAUCCGGGGGCGGUGGCGGGCUUCUGCGCAUGUUCAAACUUCUCCCCAUGUUAACCACCGGCUGCAAAAUGGUUUCACUGUUGGGACGCCAAAGGAAACCUCUACUAACAGAUGGUGCCACCACCGGAACUCUAUUCGGAUAUCGUAAAGGACGAAUGAUUUUAUCCAUACAAGAAGAUCCUCAUCGCAUGCCAAUCUUUGUCAUAGAACUUCCUAUUCUCACAACUGCAUUCCAGAAAGAAAUGGCUUCUGAUAUACUCCGAAUUGCCCUUGAAACUGAGACGAAAACCCACAAGAAAAAAGUGCUUGAAGAAUUUGUAUGGGCUGUUUAUUGUAAUGGUAGAAAAAUUGGGUAUUCCAUUAGAAGGAAAAAUAUGACAGAUGAUGAACUUCAUGUUAUGCAGCUUCUAAGGGGAGUUUCAAUGGGGGCAGGUGUGUUGCCGAGUCCGUGGGAGAAGGAAAAAACAGCAGCAGAUGGGGAAUUGACAUAUAUGAGGGCAAGAUUUGAUAGGGUUGUGGGAUCAAAAGACUCAGAGUCAUUUUACAUGAUAAAUCCAGAUGGUGCAUUGGGACAAGAACUUAGUAUUUUUUUUCUAAGGAAGUACUAGGAUUAAUGUGUAAUAAUAAUAGCAUAUUGAAGUGAACAAAUGAUCUUCAUUUGCGAUAUAAGUUUUUUAAAUGGUGAUGUUUCUUAUUUUGUUUUUAGAGAUAGAGUGAGGAUGACAUUCAUGUCGAGGCCUCGUGUCGUGUGUAUUUAAAAUCCAUUGUUUAGCUCUCGACUUUGAAUCUUAGCACUCAAAAAAGUCUUGUCACUAUAAA